AUGUCUGAAGGAGGAAAUGGAAAUGAGAGAUUCUUAUGGGAUGAUGAUUUAUGGGAUUUUCCAAUUCCAGGUAACACAGAAGGAAUUACUAAAGAACAUUUGGAUAGGAGGAUGAUGGAUUUCAUCAAUAUAAAUAGCCCGGAGCCGGAGGAUGAGGUGGCGAAAGAUGUUCAAGUGUCAACUCCAAUGGCACCGCCACCGCCACCGCCAAAGCCGCCAACCGCCGCUGGGAGGAAAAGGAAGGCUGCAGGCGGUGCUGAUAAAGGUAAGGCAGAGAAAGUUGGCGGCGAAUCUGAUCAUGAAAUGCAUAUUUUGUCGGAGAGAGAGAGGAGGAAGAAGAUGAGGGACAUGUUUGACUGCCUCCAUUCUUUGCUACCUCAAAUUCCUGCUAAGGCUGACAAGUCCACCAUUGUUGAUGAAGCAGUGACCUACAUCAGAUCACUGCAGGAAACACUCGAGAAACUACAGAAAAUGAAACUUGACAGGAUCCAUGGGAGGACUUCCACCGGUUUUGACCCGUUCAUUUUCGCCCCGAAACUGGCAAUGGAAUCAAGGGAGGCAUUUUUAGCCGAGCAAGGUGCAAGUACCUCGACUGCUAUUGCUAUUCCUCCGGUUCCUAAAUUUCCAAACACAACCAAUUUUCGGACAUAUACUUCUGCAAAUGUUGUCCUAAACACAUUUGGUGACGAUGCUCAUAUCAGCAUUUGUGCUGCCAAAAAACCAGGGCUGUUCACUGCCAUUUGCUAUGUUUUGGAGAAGUACAGAUUGCAAGUGGUUUCAGCCCAAGUUUCGUCUAAUCAAUGCAGAAGUAUGUACAUGAUUCACGCCCAUGCAAAUGGACUAUCUGAGCAUUUCCCAGUGGAAGAAAUCUACAAGAAAGCUGCAGGAGAGAUAAUGAGAUGGGUUAGUGCCUGA